AUGCUGUAUUAUUUGUUCUUCGCCCCUGUAUUCAGGGGUGGAACAUUUGUCUUCUCUUUCCAUAUUUCUCCAAUCUAUCCUCAUGAGGCUCCAAAGGUUAAAUGCAAGACAAAGGUUUACCACCCCAAUAUUGACUUAGAAGGAAAUGUGCGUCUCAACAUUCUUCGAGAAGACUGGAAACCCGUGCUCAACAUCAACACAAUAAUCUAUGGCUUAUAUCAUCUGUUCACGGAACCCAAUCACGAUGAUCCCCUAAAUCUAGUUGCGGCUGCUGUGUUGAGAGACAACCCGAAGCUGUUCGAAUCCAAUGUGAGAAGGGCAAUGUCUGGAGGAUAUGUAGGGCAAACAUUCUUCCAAAGCUGCCUAUAGCAUAUCUUGAGCGCAGAAUCAAUUAGUUCAUGACGCCGAUUCUGCAAGUUGUGAGCGCUGGAAGUCUGUAAAAUUCAAUGCGCUGGAAGUGUGCAAAUGCGCUUAAAUUUAUGUGAAUUAAACAUGCAGAAAUAUAGUUUUGAC